GGAGGCAGAGGCAGCAGCGCAUCCCCCGCGGGGAUGUCGGCGAAGAUGUCGCUUCGCCGCGCCUACUCCAUCAAGGACAAGCUGCAGGCCAUCGAGCGGGUGAAGAAGGGCGAGCGCCAGGCGUCGGUGUGCCGGGCCUUCGGGGUGCCGGGGGGCACGCUCCGGGGCUGGCUGAAGGACGAGGCGAAGCUGCGCUGGUUCCUGGAGCAGCUCGGGGGCGAGGUGGGCACCCAGCGCAAGAAGAUGCGCUUGGCCAACGAGGAGGAGAUCGACCGCGCCGUCUACGCCUGGUUCGUGGCGCUGCGCCAGCACGGCAUCCCGCUCUCCGGGCCCCUCAUCCAGGCGCAGGCUGAAGCCUUCGCCCGCCAGAUCUACGGGCCGGAAUGCACCUUCAAGGCGAGCCACGGCUGGUUCUGGCGCUGGCAGAAGCGCCACGGCAUCUCCAGCCAGCGCAUCUACGGCGAAGGCGCGGCCGCCGAGCCCGAGCGAGCCCCGGCCGCCCGCCCCGAGGCUCUGCCCGACGGCGGCGGCGGCGGCGGCGGCUACGGCGACGAGCAGAUCUACAACGCCAACGUCACCCGCCUCUUCUGGAAGCUUCUCCCCGGCGACGCCGCGGCAUCUCCGGCCAGCGCAUCCACAGCGGCGGCGGCGGCGGGCGGGGGGCGGCGGCGGUGGCGGGGCGAGCGCGUCACGGUGCUGCUGGCCGCCAACCUGACGGGCGCCCACAAGCUCAAGCCGCUGGUGGUCGGGGGUCUCCGCGAUCCCGCCAGCCUCCGGCACCACAACCAGGACAAGUUCCCGGCGUGUUACCGCUACAGCCGCGAGGCCGCGCUGGCACCGGCGCUGCUCCGGGCGUGGUUCUUCGAGGACUUCGUGCCGGGGGUGAAGCGCUACCUGCGGCGGAGCUGCCUCCAGCAGAAGGCCGUGCUGCUGCUCGGCCCGGGCCGUGAGGAUUCUCCUCCCUUGCAGACGCCCGACGGCUCCAUCCGAGCGCUCUUCCUCUCCAAGGGUCCCGCCGGGAGCGGCCCCGCCGGAGCCGGGGGUCGGAUCCCGGCGCCGCUGGAGCAGGGGGUGGUGUCGGCCUUCAAGCAGCUCUACAAGCGGGAGCUGCUGCGCUUGGCCGUGUCCUGCGGCGGCCCCGGCGGCCCCGCCGACUUCGUGAGGUCCUUCCUGCUCAAGGACAUGCUGUGCCUCGCCGGGCUCUCCUGGGACCUCAUCCCGCCGGGCUCCAUCGAGAAGUGCUGGCUCCUGGGGCUGCGCGCCGCCUUCGAGCCGCAUCCCGGCCAGGAGGAGCACGGAGAAACCCCGGCAGCGGGACACGAAGGAGGAGGAGGAGGAGGAGGGGACAGCAAAGUCUUCAGCGACCUGACCCACCUGGCAGCGCUGGCCUUCAAGCGCUUGGCUCCCGAGGAAGUGUCCGACUGGCUGCACUUGGAUGACGCCGCUCCAGGCGCGGACGAGGAGGACGAGGAGGAGGAGGAGGAGGAGGAUGGAGAAGAGGACGCGGGCGAGGAAGGCGCCGAGGAAGACGAGGAGGAGGAGGAAGCAGCCGCUGGCAGAGGCGGUGGGCAAGGAGGAGACCCGCUGCUUCCCACGGCUCGGGAAGCCAUCCAGGGCCUGGAGACGGCGCUGCGGUGGCUGGAGGGGCAGGACCCGCGGGAGGUGGGGCCGCUGAAGCUGGUGCAGCUCCGCUCCCUCAUCUCCACGGCCCAGCGGCUGCGCCGCGGCCGCAGCCCCCACUCCUAGGCCGGGGGCUACCGCUGCCCACCUUUGGGCUACCAACCGCCCCCAGCUGGCCACGGGGCCGGGAAUGCCCCGCUAUCCCAGCGGGAUGGCGGCGGAGGGGCCGCCCGACCCAGCGCCCACCAGGAUUCCUGCUGGGGACCGGGAGGCUGUGGGGUCGCAGUUUCGGGAUUUUCGGGCGUGCUCCGGGGUUGUUCCUCGCCUGAACGUGGUUAGGAGGUGCUAUUUUUUACAUCCCUGGUCGCUGGGUGCCCCCUCCCCAAAAUUUCCCCGGUCGCCCCAAUCCCGUGGGGAGAAGGGGUUAGGGAUGGACCUGCUCGGUGUCAGCGGGAUUAUUGGGGAUGCUCCCCCAGGUGAGUCCCCAAAUCUCAGAGCAGCUGGACAGGGACCACUCCCGAGGUGCUGUAGGGCGAAUAUUCCACCCUGGAAGGGGUUGGUGACGCCCUUCCCACUGCUGAAACAAAAUCCCAGAAAGCCAGGAUGGUUUGGGGCCGGUUUAAGGCAACUCCGUGCACUGGAUUGGGAAAGGGACACUUGGGUGGCAUCCAAGAAGCUGCAGCUCCCUGGAAAAAGGGACCAGCACCACCAGCAUUCCCACCACAACUGGGAACACCUGGACCACGGGGACCUGCUGAACCAGGUACAUCAUCCCCGGGGAGCCAAAGGUUUGGGGGGUGGUCGGGGCUGGAUGACACCUGUGGGCGAGCUGAGGUCGGAGCAGGGAGCCACCUCGGAAUUGUGGAGGCCUCAGAGAGGAAUUUGGCAGCUCUUGGCCUUACCUGGAAGAAAUUUGAGCCGGUUGAACCAAAUUACUGAAGGGAGGAGCGGGGGGGUAACGAGGUGAACUCCGAGGAGCUGCCCCAGGUCAGCUGGAGGGGUGGAGGUUUCUCCGUGUCUUUGUCUCCUCAGCGCAGAGUUUAUGGGAAUUAAAUGGGUUUUUAUUCCCACACGGA